AUGGCAUCACCCUCGUCUUGCUCAUCUGUCUACGACAUGACAUCACUCCGCAAUAUCUUAAACCAUAGACAAAGCCUUUCACCAGCUAUCAAUGCAGUUCUUGAUGCAUUUUUAGCCAAAACGAAGCGUCUUCAACGUCGUGACGAUCGCUCAAACAUGACCGACAUGGAACGCGAGUAUAAGGAGCUUUGUUGGAGUAUUGACAAGGCUCCAGGCUAUGAAGCAUCGAUAACGUUACAGACUAAAGCUACUAAAGUAAAAAAUCGGUACAUGGAUGUCCUACCCAUUGAAAAAUCGCGAGUAAAGCUACAGAAUACGUCGGACAAUUACAUUAAUGCCAAUUAUAUUGAAGAUGGAUACAUUGCAUGCUGUGCACCAGUACCGGGUGCAAUUCCAGACUUUUGGCACAUGGUGUGGCAAUGUGAUGUUUACGUUGUGCUUAUGCUCACAAAUUUUGUCGAGCGAAAGAGGUUGAAAGCUGACCUUUAUUGGGACACUUGUUCAACUAAUGUGGUCGACUUUGGUGGGAUAUUUGUACAAUUGAUGGAUGAGGAGCAGCAUUCUUUACGUCAAGGAUUUAUUGUGAGAAGGUUCAAGGUUUGGAGAGUAGAUGAAAGGGGACAAGAAGGUGAGAGUCGAGUCAUUCGACAUCUUCAACUAAUUACGUGGCCGGAUCAUGGCGUACUACGUGACUUUAAAGUUGUUGCACCGUUGCUGGAUGCUGUGAACAGAUACACACGUGAGGCGUCACGGACACAUAAAGUGAAGGCGAGAGUGGUGGUGCAUUGCAGUGCUGGCAUUGGACGUUCUGGCACGUUCAUUGCCAUUGAUAUUCUCUUGAAACAACUGCACCGGGUACUUACGGAAAAAAGUGACAGUGUGGAGGAAAAGACGCGAGCGAUGCAGCUCGCGGUGGACAUUCCGCGUGUAGUACACCGUCUGCGGUCGCAACGACCUGGCAUGGUACAAACCCCGGAACAGUACCAAAUGGUGUACCAAUAUCUAGCUGCCGUGGUUAGUGGCAACCAACCGUGGUGA